AUGGCGGGCGCUCGGGGCGCCGCCGCCGCCGCCGCUUCGGCCGGGUCCUCGACUUCCUCGGGCACCCCGCCGCCGCAGGAGCCUGGGCUCGGGGAGCUGCUGGAGGAGUUCUCGAGGACCCAGUACCGGGCCAAAGACUGCAGCGGGACCGGCGGCUCGAGGGUUGAGCGCAUUGAGAAGAGGUGUCUGGAGCUGUUUGGACGAGACUACUGUUACAGUGUGAUCCAGAAUGUGAAUGGGGAUAUCUGCGGCCACUACCCCCAGCACAUCGUGUUCCUGGAGUACGAAAGUUCUGAGAAGGAGAAGGACACGUUUCAGAGCACUGUGCAAGUGAGCAAGUUGCAAGACCUUGUUAACCGCAGCAAGAUGGCCAGAUGCAGAGGACGGUUUGUCUGCCCAGUGAUCCUGUUCAAGGGCAAGCACAUUUGUAGGUCGGCCACUCUGGCUGGAUGGGGGGAGCUGUAUGGACGAACUGGCUACAACUACAUUUUCUCAGGGGGUGCAGAUGAUGCCUGGGCGGACUCAGAGGACAUCACAGAGGAGGACUGUGCUCUCCGAAGUUCCGACACACAUCUUUUUGAUAAGGUCAGAGGCUAUGACAUCAAGCUGCUUCGGUACCUGUCAGUCAAAUACAUCUGUGACCUGAUGGUAGAGAACAAGAAGGUGAAGUUUGGCAUGAAUGUAACCUCCUCCGAGAAGGUGGACAAAGCCCAGCGCUAUGCCGACUUCACUCUCCUCUCCAUCCCGUAUCCAGGCUGUGAAUUUUUCAAGGAAUAUAAGGAUCGGGAUUACAUAGCUGAAGGGCUCAUUUUUAACUGGAAGCAGGACUACGUUGAUGCCCCAUUGAGCAUCCCUGAGUUCCUGACUUGCUCUCUGAACAUUGACUGGAGCCAGUAUCAGAGCUGGGACCUGGUGCAACAAACACAAAACUACCUGAAACUGCUGCUUUCCAUAAUUAACAGCGAUGAUGACAGUGGGCUGCUGGUGCACUGUAUCUCAGGCUGGGACCGGACCCCCCUCUUCAUCUCCCUCCUGCGCCUUUCCUUGUGGGCUGACGGGCUCAUCCACACGUCCCUGAAGCCCGCUGAGGUCCUCUACCUAACUGUGGCCUAUGACUGGUUCCUCUUUGGGCACAUGUUGGUAGAUCGGCUCAGCAAAGGAGAGGAGAUUUUCUUCUUCUGCUUCAAUUUUUUGAAGCAUAUCAUCUCUGAGGAGUUCUCUUCUCUGAAGACACAGAGGAGGAAGAGUUUACCAGCCCGGGAUUCAGGCUUCAACCUGGACGAUAUCUACUCGCUGAGACGAAAGGACCGUGGCAGCACCACCAGCCUUGGCAGUGACUUCUCCCUGGUCAUGGAGAGCUCCCCAGGAGCCGCGGGGAGCUUCACCUAUGAGACCAUAGAGCUGGUCCCUGCAGGAGCACAGACUCAAGCAGCUUGGAGGAAGAGCCACUCGUCCUCCCCACAGAGUGUGCUCUGGAACCGGACGCAGCCCUCGGAGGACCGCCUGCCGCCUUGCCAUCAGGGGCUGAUAGAAGCCAAGUCUUCCAGCUCCUCCUCCUCAAACCAUUCUGAAAACUUUUUCAGGAUAGGUAGCAGUCCUCUGGAGGUCCCCAAAGCCAGAUCAGUGGACCAUCCCCUGCCCGGAUCCUCUCUCUCCACAGACUAUGGCAGCUGGCAGAUGGUCACAGGCUGUGGCAGUAUUCAGGAACGGGCUGUCCUGCACCCAGACUCCUCUCUCCCUUUCAGCUUCCAGGAGGAGCGCCCUAACAGUUGUCUGCUCGCAGCCCUGAGUGAGCGGGAGACGCGCCUGCAGGAGGUGCGCUCAGCCUUUCUGGCUGCAUACAGCAGCACAGUGGGGCUUCGGGGGGCGGUAGCCUCCAGUCCUUCCGGUGCCAUUGGGGGCCUGCUGGAGCAGUUUGUGCGUGGUGUUGGACUCCGGGGCACCAGCAGCAGCACCUUAUGA